UGGUAUGUUGUGUGUAUGGUUUGUGUGCGUGUGUAAUAUACAGACGGGACGGAUUUUGCAAUUGCACGGUGAAUCCGAAGCGUAUCGUCUCGUUUUUUAAUGCCAUUUGGUGCGCGAUAACUUUCGAUUAUGUGGCUUUGUUUGAUGCUAACAGGAAGGAAAUUCGAUUGAACGAUCCUCGAUUGCUAGUGGUUCGCUCAGGGAUUCACUCGCGCUGUUGCAAGGAAGGACGGUUCUUGGCGAUCGUGAAUGCAGUUCUGGCAUAUCCCACUCAUAUGACGGACGUUAACAGAUUUAACAUUUUAAUCGUACAUCGGCAACGAGAACUGGCCAGAUGAAGUUAAUAUUUUAUAGAUAAUGUCAGAUGAUGAUGCUGCAUUGGAUUCAAUGGAUACUGAGGAAGAGAUAUUUGCUCCUCGCAACCGUAGCUUGGAGUCAAGCGUUAGACGACCUAAGAGCCUGCGCAAGCUGAGGUCGCAUUCUGGCUCUAAUUCACAUAUAAUUAAUAAUAAUUUGAGUGUACGACGUAGUACACGUAAUAGAAUGCAGACUUAUGAUAAUCUUAAUACUAGCUGGAUUUUAGGAACACAAACUUUAAAAGGGUAUCCCAUGUUUCAACAACAUGCUUCUUCCUCGGAAAAAGAGAUGGUAGAUGAUGUACCUGGUAGAAAGCGUGAUCUUCGAGAUCGUAUGCCCUUGAGAUCUCGUGAGAAUCAUCCACCUAAUAAAAAUCCAACAAGACAUCUUAGAGACAGAACAGAACAUGAUCGACAAAAUAAUAGGGAACUUAGAGGUAGACCUGAUCGUGAUCUUAAAGAAAGGCCGGACGCGGAAAAAGAUAUUAAUGACCAACAAACCAGACCCGCAAAUGAGGAAAAAGAUACUAGGAGAAAGUCUGAUAGUCCAAGCAGAUUUAGAGAAGGUCCUGUAACCAGAUUAUGUGGAAGUGUAAUUGAGAAAAAUGAAAAGUCUAAAACAGAGCAAGAUGAGGCAGAUGAUGAUAGUUUGCGAGAAAGUGAAAAGCCGGAUAAUAAUGAUAAUUCUGAAAAUGAAGAUGGAUAUGAGGAUAUGUAUACCCGAAUUAAGAGAACAAGACGCACAGCUCAACGGCAGCUGCCAAGAGUGGUAGACAGUGAUCUGUCCGAGUCCUCGGAUUCUCCUGGGCCUAGGAAGUAUAGUUUACGUCAAAAAAAGCCUACUGUAGAUAGGUUUCAAGCUAAUGUAGAGCCAGUUAGACGAUCUAUUAGAGCUCUAAGAAGUGUUCUCAGCAAUUCAAUGAGAAGAAGAAAACAUAGAAGUAAAAGCACGAGUUCAAGCGAUACCAGUGAUUCUGAACCUCAACGUUACGACAAAAAGAAAGGCAAAAAAGCGAGACAAUCGGCGAUACCACAAGGCGGUCCACCAGAUCGAAAAGCUGACAUAAAUCCUAUUACUCUAGACACUAAUAUUAGAUUUAGCGACGUCGGUGGUUUGGAAUCUCACAUUCACUGCCUUAAAGAAAUGGUCGUAUUUCCUAUGUUGUAUCCAGAUGUUUUUGAGAGAUAUAACACUACUGCACCAAAGGGUGUCCUAUUUCAUGGUCCACCAGGAACUGGUAAGACAUUGAUAGCCAGAGCAUUAGCCAAUGAAUGUAGUCAAGGUAAUAAGAAAAUGGCAUUCUUCAUGAGAAAGGGAGCGGAUUGUUUGUCGAAAUGGGUUGGGGAAUCGGAACGACAGUUGAGAUUGUUGUUUGAACAGGCUCAACAAAUGAAACCGUCCAUAAUAUUUUUCGAUGAGAUAGAUGGUCUGGCACCUGUCAGAAGUACUAAGCAAGAUCAGAUUCAUGCUAGUAUUGUAUCCACUCUCUUAGCACUCAUGGAUGGUCUUAGUGAUAGGGGAGAGGUUAUAGUCAUUGGUGCAACAAAUAGAAUCGAUGCGAUCGAUCCGGCUUUACGAAGACCCGGUCGUUUUGAUCGCGAACUUUUCUUUCCACUACCUGCUAUGAAAGAGAGAUUAGAAAUUUUAAAGAUUCAUGUCAGCAAAUGGAAAAAUGCACCAUCUGAACAAUUGUUAGAAAUACUGGCGGAGAAAGCAACUGGAUAUUGCGGUUCAGAUUUGAGAGCCCUGUGUACUGAAGCAGUGCUACAAGGAUUAAGGAGAACUUAUCCACAAAUUUAUAUGACAAAUGACAGAUUAUUGCUAGAUCCAGAAAGAGUCGAAGUAAAAAAACGGGAUUUCAUGCAAGCAAGCUCUAUGCUCGUUCCAUCGUCGCAUAGAGUAGCUCCAUGUGCAGGAAGAAAAUUACAACUUUUUAUGGUACCAUUGUUAGGUCCUCCAUUAGAAGAAUUAAUUAAUUUAGUGAAAGGAAUAUUUCCUCAUGGUGUAAAUCCUGCCAUGGCAAAAGUAAAGAAUGCCAAGGGUGUCUAUCGCCCAAGAUUAUUAAUCUCGGGUGGCAGUCUGUCCGAAGGUCAGGGACCUCAUCUAGCUCAAGCAUUAUUAUAUUGUAUGGAACAUUUACCAGUUCAAAUUUUGGAUGUUAGCACAUUAUUUGCAGAAAGCGCUCGAUCUCCGGAAGAAACUUGUGUGCAGGUAAUUAACGAAGCUGCUAGGAAUGUACCGUCCAUAAUUUACAUUCGAUCAAUUGACAAAUGGUGGCCUCUUGUACCAGAGACAGUAAAAGCAGUUUUCCUUUGUCGUAUCACAGCAUUGGAUCCUUCAUUGCCAAUUUUAAUUCUCGCGACAAGCGAUACGACAUAUCAAGAUCUCCCUAAUCAGUUGAAAAACUUGUUUAGCGAAUUACGUGGAGAAGUGUAUUCCAUGAAAACCCCUACCACCGAGCAAAGAAUGAAAUUUUUCCGACACAUUUUUAUAGUUCAAAGUCUGAGACCGCCACAGAUCAAAAGCAACAAAGUAGAAGUUUUAGAGACACUGCCAUUAGCGCCAGAUCCGUUACCAAAGAAAUUAACUGAAGCGGAGAAACGAAUCAUUUAUGAAAAAGAUGAAGUAUCUUUGAGAGAAUUACGGAUUUUCCUGAGAGAAAUCUGUGCUAAAUUAGCAAGAAAUCGACAAUUUUUUAUGUUUACAAAACCAGUGGACACAGAGGAAGUACCAGAUUAUAAUUUGAUAAUAAAACAACCUAUGGAUCUGGAAACGAUGAUGACUAAAAUCGAUAUGAAUUGUUAUCUAUGUGCCCGCGAAUUCCUCGAUGAUAUUGAUCUCAUAUGUAGAAAUGCUCUAGAGUACAAUCCAGACAGCUUACGUGAUAGGCCUUCCCUCGGAAUAUUGAAGAGGGAUCCUGCUGAUAAAUUGAUAAGACAUCGGGCGUGUUCUUUAAGGGAUAAUGCUUACGCUUUAAUAAAAGCCGAACUGGACUCCGAUUUUGAGGAUAAGUGUCGCGAAAUUUCUAAGAAUCGUCGAAUUUUGGAAAGCAAUUGUAAUAAUGAGGAGGAAAGCAAAAAUACAAAAUCAGAAUCCAUCUCGAUGAAUGAACGAAUAGAAAAGAAGGAGUCUGUAAAUUCUAGUCAUUCCCUUAUCGUGAACGGAAAGAAAUUCGGUAGUUCGAGAAAACGUAAAAUACCUGCAUGGGCGAGAGGCUAUGUGAAGAAAGUUCAUAAAAAGAAAAAGAUCGCUUUUGACGAAAGUGUUACUGAAGUAAUCGCAAGUAAAUCGCUAAACAAUGAAACUACUACUAGUAUUGAUCUAGAAAAAUUCCAAGAAUUCGAAACCGAGGCGAAUAACGUUUUAAACGGCCAUGUGGGAUUAUUCGAUAAUACUGAUUCGGAGAACGAUUCGCAGAAUGAAAAUUCAAAGGAAAGCCAAAACGGUACUGUUGCAGAUCAACGAAUCGAUAAUCUCGACCAAAUGGAGAUAUGUUCGGUAGAAGAUAAACCUACUGGGAAUGGUGAUUCGAGUUCGUCGUCUCGACGCGAAAGCACGGAUGAAAUGUCGUUCGCGUUUUCUAUCGAAAGCGAUUCUAGUCGAGAUAAAAUUGAGGAAAGUGAGAAAGUUGUAGUUGAUAGAAACGAACUCGAAAAUGCGUGGCAUUUUACUGUCGAAAUAACGAAGGACUUUCCUGUUGAAGUAUUGUGCGAUAUUUAUGUGCAACUAAGCAGAUGCGUUGGGAAAUAUGCUCAUAAAUAUGAAAGAAAAUCACUGCCAAAGGACUUGCUCAAGGAAGUGGAAAAGUUUACGGAGUACAAGCGACAGUGUCAUUAGAAUAUACACAAUACAAGUAGGUAUGGCAUUGUAUGAACGAAAAUGCAGCAUGUUGCUAACGAGACAAGCGUAUCAUACGUUACAUCAUAAUAAUAUUUUUAGCAACACUAAUCUUUAAAAAAAUAUCAGAUGGUUUCUUUUAUAUAUUUAUACACAAAUUACAAAGCCGAAUAUUAUUGUUGUAUCAAAAAAAACUUUGGGAAUGAUAUAUUUUUUAGUUAUUAUACUGCCAGUUUUUAGAUAAAUAAUAGCACACAUCUGCAAAGCAAUCGCAUUUGUUGUUUAAGAUGCAGAGCAAGAAGCAAGAAAUUAGUUUUAAUUAAGUAUUAAAUUCCAGGUAUAUACACAUAAUCCUAUUAAAUUUUGUACAUAUUGUAAAAGUCCUGUAAAUGUUCAAACAAGCGAUUAUUUGACAUAAUAAGGGCCCGUCGUGAUCAUCUUAAUCAUACUUAAUGACUGAAGUAAUAAGAAUGAAUUACGCCGCCAUCUUAUUACUCGCAGUCGUUUAUAUACUUUUUAGAAAA